GUUUUUUUGUUGUUGUUUGUUUGUUUUUUGCAUUGCCUGCUUGAAUAAUAAUAAUAAUAAUAAUAAUAAUAAUAAUAAUAAUAAUAAAAUGGUGCCUGCUCCAGCCUAGUGCAUGGUGUGGUGUGGUUCUGUUGGAAAUGAUGCAGCAUGAUGCACUGCAGCUUCGCCUCUCACUUUCGGCUUUCACGUGUGCACGAGCCCGGUAUCUGAAUGCAUACCAUUCUCAGAAAAAAAAAUGACAGAGAGAGAGAGAGAGAGAGAGAGAGAGAGAGAGAGAGAAUUGUUACCAGUUCAGUGGGAAAUACUGCUGGAGUGCAAAUUCUUUAGCACCCAAAAUGCAACCUGUGGCAAAUAAGGAAUGGAAAACUCAGAGACUCCACCUGGCUUAUUAGGGCUGAUGUUUGAUCCUCUGUAAACGAUGGGUACAAAAAAAGGUCGAUGACAGCGUCCCGUUUGCUCAGCGUCCUCAUCUGGGUGGAGGAUCAGGAUCACUGCAGCAGAGAGAAGCACAGAGCCGCCACACCAUCAAGCACAGAGGAAUCGCGACUCGCAAAGGACCUACACAUGAUCCCACUGCAUGUUUUGAGGGUCAGACGUAAUCCUGGACCCUCAUCUGAUGCGUGAGAAGCUCAAAGACGUAGCAUACGUUCUUCCCCUACCUGUCCCUCAGCCACGCUUCACAUCAUGACCGUCGCUACAAGUGACCACAUAGAUGAAGCUGCGGCUCAUCCGGGUCAACCUCAGGACACGUACGACCCGGAACCAGACCACGAGUGCUGCGAGCGAGUGGUCAUUAACAUCUCAGGCCUCCGAUUUGAGACACAGCUUAAAACGCUUUCUCAGUUCCCUGAUACAUUACUCGGGGACCCUAAAAAGAGGAUGCGCUACUUUGAUCCGUUAAGGAACGAGUACUUUUUUGACCGGAAUCGACCCAGCUUCGAUGCCAUUCUGUACUAUUACCAGUCUGGCGGACGGCUACGGCGGCCAGUUAACGUCACUUUGGAUAUUUUCUCAGAGGAGAUCCGCUUCUACGAACUUGGCGAGGAAGCCAUCGAGAUUUUCAGGGAGGAUGAAGGAUUUAUUAAAGAGGAAGAGAAACUUCUGCCAGAGAACGAGUUUCAAAGGCAGGUGUGGUUGUUAUUUGAGUAUCCAGAAAGUUCCGGUCCAGCCCGGAUUAUUGCCAUCAUUUCCGUCAUGGUCAUCUUGAUUUCGAUCGUGAGUUUCUGCCUAGAGACGCUACCUAUUUUUCGCAACGAGGACAUGGAGAUGCACAAAACGUACAACAGCGACUCCAACUCCACAGCCAGCUACACAUCCACCUACUUCACUGACCCCUUUUUCAUCCUGGAGACACUCUGCAUCAUCUGGUUCUCCUUUGAGUUCCUUGUCCGUUUCUUUGCCUGUCCAAGUAAGGCAGGCUUCUUUGUGAACAUCAUGAAUAUCAUUGACAUUGUCGCUAUCAUUCCAUAUUUCAUCACACUGGGGACCGAAUUGGCCGAAAGUCCAGAAGAUGGUCAACAGGGUCAACAGGCCAUGAGUUUAGCCAUUCUCAGAGUGAUCCGAUUGGUGCGAGUCUUCAGGAUCUUCAAGCUCUCACGCCACUCAAAAGGUCUUCAGAUUCUGGGUCAGACUCUCAAGGCGAGCAUGCGAGAACUGGGGCUUCUUAUCUUCUUCCUGUUCAUCGGAGUCAUCCUCUUCUCCAGUGCUGUGUACUUUGCAGAAGCAGAUGAAGCAGAUUCGCAGUUUAUCAGCAUCCCGGAUGCUUUUUGGUGGGCAGUAGUAUCUAUGACGACUGUAGGAUAUGGAGACAUGGUUCCCACCACCAUCGGGGGUAAAAUCGUCGGUUCGUUGUGUGCCAUCGCCGGUGUCUUGACCAUCGCUCUUCCAGUCCCUGUCAUCGUGUCCAACUUUAACUACUUCUACCACAGGGAGACCGAGGGAGAGGAGCAGGCACAAUACCUCAAUGUGACCAGCGUCCCUAAGAUCGACUCGACAGAGGAUCUGAAAAAGAGCCGGAGCGUCUCCAGCCUGAGCAAAUCCGACUACAUGGAGAUCCAGGAGGCAGUGAACAACAGCAACGAGGAUUUCCCUGAGGAAAACCUCAAAACCGGCAACUGCACGCUUGCUAACACCAACUACGUCAACAUCACCAAGAUGCUCACCGAUGUAUAGCUGGAUAUUUCUUGCUAGCACUAGAGGACUGAUUGUAAUGCUUUUUGGGAAAGGAUAAGCCAUGUUGAUCCAUGUUGUUUCUAUGGCUUCAGGAUGCUGAAGAUCAGAGAGACGCUGCAUUUGAGGUGGCAGAUGAUCAACAGAUCUGUUGAAGAAUGUGAAAAAAUUCCAGUUGUACUGGAUUUGAGAUAAAUCUAUGCGCGCUAACCACGCCCAUCACCAUAACCUUAACUAUUCAUCAGCUAACUGCAAAAGGAAUACCUAUCACUUAUUUAAAAUCGGGAGACCAUCCUCUCAUCUUUGCUUGUAGCCAAAAUCGUAGCCAAACCACUAGAAAUGCUAGCAAAGGUAGCAUAAGGGACCAUCGCUAAACUGCCAACUAAACGAGGACUUUCCUCUUCACUGAUAAAUAAAGAGCUAUAAUAAAGAAAAUUAAAAAAAGAAAGUGGAUAACACACUAAUAGCAUACUGCCAGCCACUGCAGCAUUCCACAUGUAACGUAACAUUCCUCUCUGUGAGCUGUAAAACCAUGAAGGCACAGGUACAGUCGAGUAAAAAAAUCAAAUCCACUACCAAGAACUGGUAUUGGAUAUUUCAUCAGUUAUCAAACACUACCACGGUGAAGGGUACUGACUGCAAGAACAUCAGGUAUCACUUGUUAAGAGGUGACAAAACCUGAGGAAAACCUGAGGAAAUGUGGAUUAGUGUUUGAUAACGCUUGAGGAAAUAAAAUCACGGUCAGAUUUUUCUACUCGACUGUACUGUAUGUGUGGUUAUGGACUAAAUGUGUCUCAUAUUUGUGCAAUAUUUAUUCAUGCCAUUUUUUUUUAUACAUUUUUUAUCUUCCUAAGUUGUAUUUCAACAAUGUGACAGUGUAUUGUUAUUAUUAUUAUUAUUUUAUUAUCUUUCUCUCUACCAGGGCUUUUAGCUAGGACAUCUGUGGGGUAGUAGAUGUUCUGUUUUUUGCCAAGGUUUGGGCAAUGGCAUGGUACCGGACAUCCAAAGGAAAUCUGACAUUGCUGUUAUAUAGAUGCUUUUCCACCGAAGAACAUGGAGGAGGCUAAUGUUGUGUUAUUCUUUCAUUUCUUUAUUGUUUUGCAUUGUUGGGUGAAUAUUAGGUUGCCACUAAUGUCAGGGGUGGUAUUAUUAUUAUUAUAGAAGCUACUAACUUGCAGAUUUAAGUAAGACUCCUAUUUUUGUAGUGUUUACCUAUGAAGCCAUGAACACACUGUGAUAUAGUCCGCUUCAUGACAGACGCACUAGCCACUAUCUGUAUUUAUAUGUUUAGUGCUACAAAUAUUGUAUGUAUCCAGAUAUAAAGCCAGAGUGGGCGUGGCUGAAAGGGAAAGUUUUUUUCGUGCAGGGGUGAGCAGGGGUGGGCUGCUCAAGGGCCCAACGGUGGUAGCUUGGCAGUGCUGGGGCUUGGACCCUGAUCAACAACCCAGCGCCUUAACCACUUGUGCUACCACUGCUAUUUUUUUAGGGUUCCUCUGUUUGGUGUCACCAAUACAGCUCUAAGCCAUCAAGGCAUGAACUCCACAAAACCUCUGAAGGUGUGCUCUGGUGUCUAGCACCAAGAUCUUACCAGCAUGUCCUGUAUGUUGCAAAGUAAGAUUAAUCCAUAGAUUAGGAUCAAUUGUUUGUCCAGCAUGUACCACAGAUGCUGGAUCAGAUUGAGAUCUGGGAAUUUGAAGGCCAGGUCAAUACCUUGAACUCUUCAAGUUCCCCAAACCAUUCCUGAACAAUUUCUGCAAAGUGGCAUGGCUCGUUAUUCUGACAAAAGAGGCCACUGCGAUUAGGUAAUGUUGUUGACAUAAAUGCAUCUGCAACAAUGUUUAAGACUUGUUUGUUUGUUUAAGACGUUUUUGUACAGCAUGUACCACAGAUGCUUGAUUGGAUCAAGAUCUGGGGAAUUUGGAGUCCAGGUCAAUACCUUGAACUCUUUAAGUUGCCCAAACCAUUCCUGAAUAUUUCUGUAAAGUGGCAUGGCUCAUUAUAAUUAGGUAUUAACAUUAGGUAAUGUUGUUGGCAUGAAGGCAUCAGUUUAAGACAUAAGUUUAAGAAUGUUUAAAUAGAUUGUACUUGUCAGAGUAACAUCCACCUGAAAACCAGGUCCAAAGGUUUCCCAGCAAAAUAUUAUCCAGAGUAUCACAAUGCUUCCACAGGCUUGCCUACUUCUCAUAGUGCAACCUGGUACAAUCUCUUUCUGAGGUAAGCAACAGACACACCUGUCGGUCCACCUGAUCAUCAGUUUUGAUGCUCAUGCACUCAGUGUUUGUGCUUCCAGCAGUGGACAGGGGUCAGCAUGGACACUCUGAUACUCUUAUACACAGGGAGCUGUGAUGCACAGUGUGUUCUGACACCUUUCUCUCAGAGCCAGCAUUAACUUUUUAUGCAAUUUGUGCUUCACUAGCUCUUCUGUAGGAUCAGACUAGAUGAACCUGCCUUCAUGCUCAUCAGUGACCCUUGGGUGCCCAUGACUCUGUCAAUGGUUCACCUGUUGUCCUUCCUUGGAGCACUUUGGUAGGGACUAACCACAGUAUACCAGGAACACCUCAAAAGACCUUAUGUUUUAGAGAUCCCAGAUGCUCCCAGUCAUGUAGCCACCACAAUUUGACACUUGUCAAAGUCACUCCUUAAGCUUUCCCAUUUUUCUUGUUUCAAUAACAUCAACUUUAAGAACUCACUGUACGAGAAGCAAUUUCUACUCUUAGGUAAGGAAUUGCUUUGUAAGAACUCUAUCUCAGCAGUUUUUAAAAGCUUUUAAGGUGCGUUCAGAAGUUUCAAUACUGGAAGCAGUUGCAAAAUUAUCCACUAGUUACAUACCGCUCUGCCUCUUCUAUAAAUCAAGCAUCGCUAGUUAGCUUAAUGAAGGUUGUUAAAAUAGUCCAUAAGAUGGUUGGGUAUUCUAUAAGGCUUGUGUUUGGCCAAUUUGCAACGUUCCUGGCCUGUCCAGUGAUUCCUAGCUAACAGGAAUGUACCACCUCUGGAGUAGUUAAUAAGUUAUAAAAUGUUCUUGCGGUGGAAACACUUCUAUUGUCACAAUAUGACAGAAAAACUUUGUUAUUUAAAUGAUGUCUCAGUAUUACAUGCUGUGUAUUGCAAAUGUGAGGCAAAACAGUCUUUUUUUGCUAAGUGAUGAUUAGCCAGCCCUUUCAAUCACUGAGUCAGAAAAUUGAUCAGAACAUCACUGCUAGUCUUUUUAUUUCUAAGUGCUUAGCAUACAUUUUGAUCACACAAUCACAAUUAAGCUAGCUGUUUUCCCCAGCUUUAACUAGCUUAAUGUUAACAAUAGUGCUAGCUACGUAAUAUUGACUAGCUCUUUUCAAAUCAGCUAACAUUAGAUACAUCAGCUAGAUGCUACAUCUAUGUAAAUAAUAUGAUGCUGUUAAGCUGGAAUAAAAAAAUAAGGCUAGCACUGAUGUCACAGGAUUCUGAUUGACUUAAAAUGAUUAACUUAGCAUAGCCCUGAUAGGGAAAAGGCAGGAAUAUAAUAUUUUAAACUUUGUUUAAUACAGGUCAUCAAAGAGAUCUCACUAACUAACUCACUGCCACUACAAAUGACCUGUAUUUUAUUUAUUUAUUUUUAUUUAUUUAUUUUUUUUCAUUUACCAUCUUCGAUUGAUUUUCAUUCCUUUCACGAAAAAAAAAUAUGAUAGAUGCUGGUGAAACCUGUAUGAAAAAAUACAGACCUGCUUACUCAAAACACCUUUUAUAUAAGAUAGGAUAUAAUAGUGCAUGCAUGGUUAAAAACAUUCCCUGUAGCAUGCAUGAGGUACGAAAAACUACUUAACUCACCAAUAUAGUAAUAAGUAUUCCUAUCAUUAUCGGUAUCUAUGAAUAUUUUCUCUGUGAGAUUAACAGUAUGUGCAAUAUAGAAAUAAUCUGUGCCGUGAAACUUCAAAUUCUGUUGUUUUUUUUGUUUUUGUUUUAUUUUUACCUCAUGUUCGUAUGGGAGUGCUAGUCUACACUUUCAGGGUCUCACUGCAGGAAGGUUGUCUGUUUCUCACCUAGAUGCAGCAGCAGCAUGUGACAUUCUGUAAAGUUUUUCCAUGUGGUAAAAUUUCAUCCAAAUCAAACCAAACAUAAUCAAGUUCUCUGAAUUUAAGCACAAAGUAGCACACAGGAAACGUUAUAUGCAAUAUUCGCUUAAAAAACUGCCCAGUUUUUGUUUUUUUUAAAGCCACCUGUGCAAUUCUCAAUAUUUCUUAAUAUUUUUAAGGAAAAAUCAAUCUGUCUUUCCUAACAAAAAUUCAAUUGUGUCUCAAAUUGCAUACUGUGUAACAAAAUGCUUCAGAUUAAUGUAGAAAGUCAGCACAUAGACAGCACACACGACAGAUUAAUUCAUCAAUAAACGUACAAAAUUAAGACAUUAAAUUAUUUCAUUCAUUAAUUCCGUUUAUAUCAUAUCUUAUACUCAAAAACGUACAUGAACAUAAACAAUAGUAAGCGCCUGAGUUACCUGAUUCCUGAUGUUCUUGUGCUACUCUUUGUUAUUUUUAAUACUUCUUAAAUUAUUUUAAUUAUGAGUUUAUUUGAAAACUUUGCGACCUCUGCCUGAGCACAGCUAUCGAUCCAACAUUUAAAUGACGGAAUAUAGUCGGAAACUAUGAAGCUACAUCCUGCUUGAUGUUUCUGACUAAAUUCUGUCAUCAAAAAACAAAAACAUCGCACUCAGUGAACGUAAAUAACACGUACACCACAUUCACUGAUAUCCACAGCAGAAAGGUCGGCAUUAAAUAUCAUAGCUACUCCUUUUAGUACGUUGUCUCUGCUAGUUUAUUAUAACCGCAGAUUUUAUCAACAAUUUUAUCUUAAAAUUGUCUACUACUAACGAAGAGCCUCUCCGAGUCUGUAGAAGACACAUAAGAAGUUGACUUGUAAACAGAACUCUGAAGGAAUUUUGUUUCUACGUAGCAGUUAAUAUUUUAGACUUAAGAAAAUCUCACUGCCAGUUUCCGAGGUGCCGACAUUUACAGUUUAGUUGUAGCAUUUACAAGUUCUGGUACCUAAAAACGUAUUAACUGCUUUUUUAAGCUAAACAACAACAACAACAACAACCAACAAUCAUAACAAAAGCAAGUAAAAUUCACUUAGUGGAAAAGUGAAUUCACUGAAGGGGAAAGGACGUGAAAGUCGUUCAUUUGAGUUUUUUACUUUACAGCAACUUUUGCAUAUUUGGAAAAUUUCUGAUAUGUAAACUUUUUUCUUCAAGAGUCAGUAAAUACAAAGCGAAAAUGUUGUGCUGUUAGCAUGGAGAUGCUAGGAUCUUAGCAAUGUGCAAAACGUUGUUAACAGCAUAAUAUUCUAUUAAAAUGUAUUUGUAUAGCUCUUUUAACAGCUAACAUUGUCGCAAAGCAGCUUUAAAAGAAUACAAAUAUUCUGAAUAAAAAUUAUAGUUUUAAAUUUUUCCCUAAUGAGCGAGACAGAGGUGACGGUGGUGAGGAAAAACUCCCUGAGAUAACAUGAACCAGACUCAAAAGAGAACUUCAGAGUGACACUUUGAAUAUAAAAGUUUGAAUAUAAAUCAUUUAAAUAAACUGUAUACUACAGUAUGUGGUCAAAAAAUGCAAUUGUUUAACCAGGAGCUUUUAAAUAUCAUACAUGAAAGCAUCUGUACUGUAGCAUAGCAAUCGAAUUUGGGCUGUGAUCCAGAUUUUCAUCUUUCAUAAGUUUGACGUAAGCAAAGAAGACAGAUGUAGCAUUGAUAAUGAAACGUAUUAUUAUUAAAUCUGUUAAUCUGUUGUAUUACAAAUUCAAGUCAAUGGUGCAGUGACUGACUUCUGGUUUUGCUACACUGGUACAGAAGUAUGCAAUUUGAGACACAUCCGGCCUCCAGCUCUGUUUCUUUUUGAAAUCGAGUUGCCGCUGUUUUAAAUAAUGACUGACUGCCAGGGGAGGAGCGAAAGCCUCGUGCUGUAACACAAUGACAACCUUCUUGUAAAGCGUGUUCAUUCAAUUACUAUUACGAACGCUGUUAUUGUUGCCCUGACUAGAGGACUGAUGAGGGAUCAGCUGGUGGAAACUGUGGUUUCUGUACAAGAACAGAUACACAGUGGAACCUUGGCAUAGGAAUUUAAUUAUAAGAAAUAAUGAAAGUGUGGAUACUCCGUUCCAGCAGCCAAAAAUAUGACCAAUAUUCCCAAUAUGAAGCGUAUGUAAACUGUAUGGCUGCUUACAAAGAACUGACCCAAGCCAAACAGUCCAUGUCAAGGCUCCUCACAGGAAGUCGUUUCACCAAGCUUGGGCUAAAAAUAGAACAGACCACUCACGCCACCAAUCUGUCAACAAAAAAAUACCUGGAAAAUCGAAAUUCGUAAAGUUCGUAAACCCACUCUGCUUGGCUUUCCACUGAUGCAAACAAGUUUUGAACGGCUCCUGGACAUGCGCGCAACUUAGUAGGCAUUCCGUUCGAUUUGCUUAGUUCAUAUGCCAAAAAUGCUUCAUAUGUGGAUGAAAAUUUGCUGCAAAAUUUCAAUUCUUAAGGGGAAAAUCUGUGAGGGAGUGUAUGCCAAGGUUUCACUGUAGUAUAUAUAUAUAUAUAUAUAUAUAUAUAUAUAUAUAUGUCCCCUUGUUCCCUCUUGUCUAUCUUUCCACUUCAGCUAUUCCUUGCCUGUUCUCACUGAAUGUAGCUUCAGGAUCAGCAGCUUUCAUGUGACUGCAUGCAGAUUUGUUUUUCUGUUUCUCUUCUGAUUGUAACAAUGAGGCAAUUUUUGCCGAUCUCAUAUUUUAACGUUUUUCUCUCAGACACACAUACACACACACGGUUAAUGUGACUUUAUAAACCCUCAGUAUUCAUUCCAGCUGCUUAAAUGAGACUCUCAUGAGUGUGUUCUAAUGUACUUUCCAUACCCGCCUCGCUAUACUGAAUAUAUAAACAUAUACACCGCAUAUUCUAUCUGAUAUACAGCUAUAACAUUCAUAUGAUACAGUUACCCAAGAGACGUAGCACAAUAGACUUCCAUACACAGCCGACAUGUUUAAAGGCUAAACGCAUUCAUCGUCAUCCUCCAUGCUAGCUUGAGCGUAAUAAAAUGCCAUUUUUUGCUAUUUUAUAGCGUUACAAUUCUAGCUACUACUUCAGUUCAAAAUAUACUCCAAGCACAAAAAGCUGAGGAUUUAAAGCCUCUUCUUGCAAUGUACAGUACAUGGAAGAGUCAUCAGAUCAAGCCUUCAUUUCACACAUAAUUAAUUAUUGUCAUAGUUUAGAUCAAAGAAACCUUAAAGAUAAAAAAAUGUACACUAUGUAAAUGAAAUGUAAUCGAUCAAAGAUGAAGUGUUUGCUCAUUUAAGUUUAUUUAGUUUUGUACUGGAGCUACGAGGCUAACGGUUAAGCUGCAUCAUGUAAGCUGCAUGGCUUGGGUGCAUUUCAACUUUUGGUUGCUUUAAUUUCAUGUACAAUGCUUUUUUGUAGGUUUUAAAGAAAAUGAGAAGAAGUGGAGUACUAAUCUUUGGUCCUAAAAUGUGCGCACUUUAAAACCCACUGGAUGAAACACUGGACUAUGUACGAAAGUAAAAAAAACUUCAUCUGAGAUGCAUUUUAUCCUUCCAGAUAAUAAUACUAUAAGGAUUAGUAUUGAUGAUGAUGAUGGUGUCAAUAAUGAUUAUGAUGAUAACAAUAAUAUAAAUCUUAAUAAAAUGAACUGACUGUU